GUUGGCUGGGGCUACCUGCGCUGGGAGUUUCCAUUUCCCUUCCCGCGACUGCACCUGCACAGACACGGGCAACGCCUUACCAGAGCAACACCUGUGUUUCUUUGGCAGCAAUGAGCCUUUUUUUUGGUGGGGCUCAGGGCCCACCGCAUGCUGCGUAGCGCGGGUGAUUUAAACCCAGGCAGUCGGCGCCUGGGACCCGACCGGAUGCUCCUUGGCGUCGCCCCGGGUCUCCGGACUCCUCUGAUUGGACUUUUUUUCGUUCGGCCGCCCAAUGGCGAGGAGGCGCGCGACUUCUUUUUUUUGGCAGCGCGGUCAGGGCUGACCUGGGCUUCAGCUGCAGUUUUGGGGUCCGCGACGUUGGGAUCCGCGGCGAUAUGAGUUCUUUUUUUGGGCAGAUGGCCGAGUAUCCAACUAUCUCCAUAGACCGUUUCGACAGGGAGAACCUUAGGGCCCGCGCCUACUUCCUGUCCUUUUUUUACAAGGAUCACAUGAAAGGAUUAAGAGCCCCUACCUUGAAAAGAAGGUUGGAGUGCAGCUUGAAGGUUUAUCUAUACUGUUCACCUGUGACUAAGGAGUUGUUGUUAACUAGCCCGAAAUACAGAUUUUGGGAGAAACGAAUUAUAUCUAUUGAAAUCGAGACUCCUACCCAGAUAUCUUUAGUGGAUGAAGCAUCAGGAGAGAAGGAAGAGAUUGUCGUGACUCUCUUACCAGCUGGUCACUGCCCAGGAUCAGUUAUGUUUUUAUUUCAGGGCAAUAAUGGAACUGUCUUGUACACGGGAGACUUCAGAUUGGCACAAGGAGAAGUUGCUAGAAUGGAGCUUCUGCACUCGGGGGGCAGAGUCAAAGACAUUCAAAGUGUAUAUUUAAUACCUAACUGUUCUGCGACCGAGAUGUUAACCAAAUUCCAAGUUCAUGUGAAUAAGCUAGACAUGUUUAGGAACAUGCCUGGCAUCCUUCAUCACCUCACAACGGACCGCAACACUCAGAUCCAUGCAUGCCGGCAUCCCAAGGCAGAGGAAUAUUUUGAGUGGAGCAAAUUACCCUGUGGAAUUACUUCCAGAAAUAGAAUUCCACUCCACAUAAUCAGUAUUAAGCCAUCCACCAUGUGGUUUGGAGAAAGAAGCAGAAAAACAAAUGUAAUUGUGAGGACUGGAGAGAGUUCAUACAGAGCUUGUUUUUCUUUUCACUCCUCCUACAGUGAGAUUAAAGAUUUCUUGAGCUACGUCUGUCCUGUGAACGCAUAUCCAAAUGUCAUUCCAGUUGGCACAACUAUGGAUAAAGUUGUCGAAAUCUUAAAGCCUUUAUGCCGGUCUUCCCAAAGUAUGGAGCCAAAGUAUAAACCACUGGGAAAACUGAAGAGAGCUAGAACAAUCCACCGAGACUCAGAGGAAGAAGAUGACUAUCUCUUUGAUGAUCCUCUGCCAAUACCUUUAAGGCACAAACUUCCAUACCAGGAAACUCUUCAACCUGAGGUAUUUUCAAUGACUGCAGUAUCAGAAAAGCAGCCUGAAAAACUGAGACAAACUCCAGGAUGCUGCAGAACAGAGAGUACGCAGAGCUCUCGUUUCACAAACUUUGUAGAUUGUGAAGAAUCCAACAGUGAAAGUGAAGAAGAAUUAGGAAUCCCAGCUUCACUGCAAGGAGAUCUGGGCUCUGUACUUUACCAGCAAAAGGCUGAUGGGGAUGUACCCCAGUGGGAAGUAUUCUUUAAAAGAAAUGAUGAAAUCACAGAUGAGAACUUGGAAAACUUCCCUUCCUCCAUAGAGGCAGGGGGAUCUCAGUCACCGAAGCUUUUCAGUGACUCUGAUGGAGAAUCAACUCACAUCUCCUCCCAGAAUUCUUCCCAGUCAACACACAUAACAGAACAAGGAAGUCAAGGCUGGGACAGCCAAUCUGAUACUGUUUUGUUAUCCUCCCAAGAGAAAAACAGUGGGGAUAUUACUUCCUUGGGCAAAGGUGACUACAGACCAACAAUCAAAGAGAAUAUUCCUGCCUCUCUAAUGGAACAAAAUGUAAUUUGCCCAAAGGAUACUUGUCCUGAUUUGAAAAGCAGAGUUCAAGAUGUAACAACAGUUCCUAGUACUGGAGAACCAAUUACUCUAAGCAGUGAGAAACAUAUACCUGAGGAAAAAAGUUUGCUAAAUCUUAGCACAAAUGUGGAUUCCCAGAGCUCUUCUGAUUUUGAAGUUCCCUCAACUCCAGAAGCUGAGUUACCUAAACGAGAGGAUUUACAAUAUUUAUAUGAGAAGCUGGCAACUGGUGAGAGUAUAGCAGUCAAAAAAAGAAAAUGCUCACUCUUAGAUAUCUAAGAAUUCAAAGCGCUUCAACCUAGAGCAACCACUAAAAAACCUGCAGAGAGAUGAUAGUCAAUAUUACAAUAGAGAAAAUAUAAUACUUAAAAAUGUUCAAAUAAUCUGGUUUGGCGUGGUGGCUCACACCUGUAAUCCCAGCACUCUGAGGUGGGCAAUCGCUUGAGCUCAGGAGUUCGAGACCAGCCUGGCCAACAGUGAGAUGUGUCUCUACUUACAAAAAAAAAAAAAAA